CUGCGCCUGGAUCGAACGCACCGACUGUUGUUCACUCGGGGUCAUUUUCCCGCGUUUAACACCACAGCUACAUGUGCGCAUGGCGAUGAAUGGUGGAAACAACAUUGAAAUCAUGUCGAAUGGCGACGUUCCUGUGAAAAAGCAGCGAUUUAACACCCGUGUGCCUGUAAACGUAGUUUUAGGAACACAGUGGGGAGAUGAAGGAAAGGGCAAAAUCGUCGACAUGUUGGCGACCGACGCCGAUAUCUGCUGUCGAUGUCAGGGAGGAAACAAUGCCGGACACACCGUGGUGGUAGGGGACAAAGCGUAUGACUUCCACCUCCUGCCCAGUGGUAUUGUCAACAGCAAGUGUGUGGGUGUUAUAGGAAAUGGAGUUGUGAUUCAUUUGCCAAAUUUGUUUGAUGAGAUCAGUAAGAAUGAGAAGAAAGGUUUGACGGACCUUAAAGAGCGCCUGAUAAUCUCCACAAGAGCACAUCUAGUGUUUGAUUUGCACCAGCAAGUUGAUGGUAUGCAAGAACAGAACAGAGGAAAGAACUUAAUUGGCACUACGAAAAAGGGUAUUGGCCCAGCAUAUUCAUCUAAGGCAACGAGGAAUGGUUUACGAAUAGCUGAUCUUCUUGGUGACUAUUCCUAUUUUUCAGAGCACUUUCAGAGGCUGGUAGACUUCUAUGUCCGGCAAUACCCAGAACUUAAAGAUGUUGUCAACGUAGAAAAAGAAUUGGAGCGCUAUAAAGUGCUGAGGCAAGAGGUUCGCCCGAUGGUACGUGACACUAUCCCGUAUCUUCACAAGGCCAUUACUGACUGCAAGACCAUCCUUAUAGAAGGGGCUCAGUCAAGCAUCCUGGACAUUGACUUUGGUCUAUACCCAUAUGUGACGUCAUCAAACUGCAGCGUUGGAGGUAUAUGUACAGGACUCGGAAUCCCACCUCACGUUCUAGGUGAUAUCUAUGGUGUUGUUAAGGCGUACCUCACAAGGGUUGGCAGCGGGGGAUUCCCAACAGAACUCACAGAUGAAAAAGGUCAAAAUAAAGUUCUGGUCGAACGGGGUCAUGAGUACGGAGUUACCACUGGUCGCAGGCGACGGGUAGGCUGGCUGGAUAUGGUCAUGUUGAGGUACUCCAACAUGAUCAAUGGUUUUACUGCUGUUGCUGUAACCAAGCUGGAUAUACUGGAUACAUUCAAGGAGGUGAAGAUUGGCGUCAAGUACGUCCUUGAUGGUCAGGAGAUUGACAGCUUCCCAGCUCUGGACGCGGACCUGAAGCGAGUUGAGGUGGAAUACGAGACGAUGCCCGGCUGGGAGGAGGAUACCUCUACAGCAAGGAAAUUUUCAGAACUACCAAAAAAUGCACAAAAUUAUAUCAGGAAAGUGGAGAAGUUGAUGGAAAUACCAGUGAAAUGGAUUGGAGUUGGACAAUCCCGAGACUCUAUUAUAGAAGUGAGCAGCUGCUGACCUUGUCCCCUCAUUAGAUGUCUGGGUGAUGUCUCCUGAUCAGGGGAUCAUUAGAUGUCUGGGUGAUGACUCGCGAUCAGGGGAUCAUUGGACGUCUUGGUGAUGUCUCCUGAUCAGGGGAUCAUUGGACGUCUGGGUGAUGUCUCCUGAUCAGGGAAUCAUUGGACGUCUGGGUGAUGUCUCCUGAUCAGGGAAUCAUUGGACGUCUGGGUGAUGUCUCCUGAUCAGGGACUCAUUGGACGUCUGGGUGAUGUCUCCUGAUCAGGGAAUCAUUGGACGUCUGGUGAUGUCUCCUGAUCAGGGAAUCAUUAGACGUCUUGGUGAGAACAUGUGUAAAAGGAAUACAGGGAAUUUUUUAGAGGUGUUGGUCAUCAUCGUAUAUUUUUUAGUAUGGUGUACUUGAUAUUUUUAGUCAAGAGAAUUGAAUUUCAAGGUAUCAACCAAUUGUUUCUCUUUCUUUUUGCGUAAUGUGUGAUAUUUAAGAAAAAGCAUAAACAAAUUUUUCUAUAAGUAUGCCAAAUCUUUGUUUAUUUACCAAAUUUUGACAUGAUCGACAAGAUUAUCAUACAGUUUCCUUAUUUUGUAGAGAUAUAUUUUUAAAACUGUGUAAACAAAAUCCUUGAGUCUCGAUGAUUUUUAACAGCAUCACCACAUUUUGAUGCAUGAUGAGCUUUCGCUGUUGAUCUUGGUUAUGUGAAAAAAUGGUUCGGAAGAAAGCUUUAUUCAAAAUUUGAGUAUAUUUGAAUGAUUUGUGGAACACCAGUUUUAACCCAUACUUCAAUGUAUCAUUGAUUUAAUUUUUACUUAGACUAUUUAGACUUUGCUCAUGGCAAGGGAUCUGAUAUAAGACAAAUAUUUAUACACUUGUACAGUAUCAUUUUAAGUUUCAAGAAUGCCUAUAAUUUGUUUUAACAGUCUUACCUUCGGUUCAGAUCUCGUCCUCCAUAACUUUUAUAGAGGAGGUAGUCAAAGCUGUGUUGUGCGUCGCGUCUGAGGAGUAGUACUAGACUAUUAAGGAUCCCCAUACCACUGCUAAAUCUAACUAUACAUUGGAAAGUGUUUUUUCCAGCAUGAGUAUAGCUUGAUAAAUCAUUCUUGGAGAGAGAAAAAAUGUACUGUGUAGGGGUUUUAUAUAAAAAAUCAACAAGUGUUCCAUGGGUAAAAAUUCAGCCAAACUAGACCACAAUUUGAACCCUAGACUCCAUUCUUGUAAAUUCCAUCGCUCUAACCGACUGAGCUAUCUAGUCGAUGGAAGUGUGUAGGCUUACUGUGCUGCACAUACAUAUCCAAAAUGAAAUUAAGGGGGAGAUCACUGUGUCUACAAAAAACUAGCACAGUGGGACAGGGAUCCUUAAAAUGAUUUUGGUUCAAAUACAGUUGAAAUAUUACUUUAUGAAGGUUAUACUUUUUUGGGGCAUUUAUUUUAAUAGACUUCUCAAGGAAAUGAAUUUCUUAUCGUCUGAAUGAAAAUAGAUAUGUGUUACAGUAGCAAAAAAAUAAUAUGCUUAAAAUGAAGAUCUGAAAAGUAGGAAUCGUGAUUAACUGUUUCUGUUAUAGUGAAUCUGAUUCAUCAUCAGGUACUACCAGAAGUAAUCCAUGCUUAUUCUUUAUGUAUUUGAGUUUUGAUAUUUUGUUUAUUCUUUGUGAGUUAAAUUUGUCCUCAUGUUUUCAUUGUCAAUACACCCAUUGUUGGAAAGUGUUUAUAUAUAUAUUUUUUUGAAAAUUCCCUUGCAAACUUUACAUCCGUGUUGGACUUGGUGUUAAACUUGGAAAUUUUUAAGUGAUCUGCUGAAAGUUUGUUCAAACCUAGCAAAUGCAUACUCCCUAAAUUAAUUGGAAAUAACUUGACAACCGUGUCAUUUAUUUUGUUAUCUGUUAUUAAAAUUGUUUUCCUGACAUUUAGGAGUUUAUAUAAUAGGCUAUGAUUGCUUGAUUACCUCCCUUUAUCUACUAGACGAUGGUAGCUUUAGUACUGAUGAUGCAAAAUGUUGGGGUUUACAACUAAAAUAGCCAUGUCAGAUAUGGAAUGAUGUGUCAAGCCCCAAUGUAUGUGUCGUCGAUUAUAAUCAUUUGUGUCAGUCUGGUGUAUCUAUCUGCAAUUUAUGUUCAGGUCUUUUGUUUGCAGUGCACAUAACUGUUUUAAAUACAGUUCAUGAUUGCAUGGAUACAUAUAUAUAUUAUUUUAAUUACUGCACCUUUUACAGGCAAGUCAGUGAGGGCUAUUUCAGAUAUUAAUGUAUUUAAAGGGUUGACAUGGUGACGCUUUUAACGGUGUAUGGGUAGUGCAGUCUGAAGUAUUUGUUAAAACAUUUGCAUUGUAAGCCUAGAGAAAGAAAAAGACAUCUAUUGGUGGGGAUAACAAAAAAUGCCUUCCUGCCUUCUAUAUUCAGCUCUGGAAUAGCUCUUAAAUGGUCUGCAUAUUGUAUCAUAUAGAAACACAAAGAUUAAGUUUUCAUCUAAUAAGUAAAAAAUGAAAAAUAGAAAUGCUCUAGCUUAUAUUGCUUUUUAUUACGAAGUAUUUUCACAAGAUUUUAUUGAUAUUCACAUGUAAAGUAAAUAACAAACCUGGUGGGACCUUGGAAACGAAUUCAGUAUACCAGGUAGAUAUGAUUUGUUUUAAUACAAUAGUUUGAACCUAAUGUAAAAUUAUUGCCAGGGUACAAAAAGGCGAUUUCAUUAAAACAAUUUGCAUUUAGCAUGUUUGUGUACCGAGUGUUUUGUACUAAGGAACCAGCACGAAUGUCGAACAGACUGAUGAAUGAACGGUCUGAAAGCAGUAGAAUUUUUUACUGCUCAUACUAACCAUAGACUAGAAAAAAAAAUCUAUUCUGGUUGUUCAAUUGUUUUAUGGUAUGACACCUUGGUUUGGAAAAACUUGCAAAAAAAAAUAAAACAAUAGUUUGGUCUGUUUAAUGUUAUUAGUUGAAAUGAUGGCAUCCUAAUGUGUUAAUAUAAGUACCGUUCGUCAAUAUAUGAAGUAGAAAUAGAUUGAUUCAAUCUUGGUCAGUGGAGUAUUGUAUGACAAUACAAUAAACAUAGUUAUAAAGCAACAUGUGAAGAUCAUUGAAAUCCUACUUUUGUUUUGAGCUCCUGGCCCCAGUGUCACUGAACGUCAUAACUUUGUAGAAACUUAUUUACUUUACUAAAAAAAAAAAAUAUCGCAUUAACAAUCAAAUUUAUCCUCUGGUUCAAGUCAAAGUUUAUUUUAAAACAUAAACAUUUUUCUAUUUAACAUGAGAUAACAUUACCUAUAGAUUAAUCUUGAGAAUUGAGAACGUUCUUAAAAUUGUGGGAGUUUUGUGGUUCUGGGGUCUGGUUAUUUAAACUUUUUAAUAAUCUUGUUUUAGAUGUUUUGUUAUUGGUGGCAUUUGUGUGAAGAAAUAUCAACAGCGGUGACAAACAGUUUUGUUGGAAUGUGAUAUACCUGUAAAUCAAACCUGUAAUGUUCCUUUAUUUUGUACAUAGAUUGUAUGGAAGUCGGUACGUGUACAGCUAUACCAAACAAGGGCUUUUCCUGAUGUGAAUAUUGGGGAGGCACUUGCAAUGAAUUUGUUGCCGAUAGGUCUAAAAUAUAAAUUUGGUCCCAGAAAAUAGCAGUUUUCUCUACCCACCACAUAUUUAAUUUGUGAAAUAGCCCUCAACAAGAAGACGCAUUCAGGUAUAUACGUGCAACACUUUAUAUCAGUUACACCAUGUUCUUUAUCUUGUCAGCUGUUGUACCAAGAUAUAAAAUGAAUUAAAUCAUCUGUAAUUCUA